AUGCGCCCCAAGCGGAGUCUACUUGAAGGCGCGGUCUUUGCGCUGUCGUCAAUAUCCGACGAGGUUCUGCAAAUGCAGGGAUACAAGUUCCGAAAUCGGUCUGAAUCAAGGUUUGAAGGCAGCCUCUGCUUUAGUCUCGGUAUCUCGGGAGGUGACCUGGACUUUGGCACAAUCGUGUUCAGUCUAGUCCGCCAAGCCCCUUCUUUCCAACCAAAGUGGGUGACGGCUAGGGUGGAUCUCAUCGAUCCGGACGAUCCGAGUUCUCUUGACUUUUCAGAUAUCUCCCAUGAGUCCAUCAACUCGCCCGCCCAGGACUCAAUCGCUCCGAAGAGGCGAGUGGUCCUCGUAUAUAUGGAGGGAACCGGGACCAGGAGUGUCUCAUCCGAGCUGCCAGCUAGUUUCUCAGUGAACUUAGCGGAUAUGGAAGGCUGCGUCCACUUCUUAUUGCAGGACAAAGGUGACCAACGUAAACACCUGGCGCUGCGUUGUGUGUUGGAGGCUAUCACCUCCCUCACGUACGUUGUUCAUAUUGAGCUCUUCUCGUCACCCGUGUUCUUGUCGCCGAUGGAAGUGCUUGCACGGGCAUACGACAGGAACGAGUUCGAGGCGUCGAUAUUGGCAUCCGACCAUGGUCUCCUGAACAUCCCGCCAUCUCCUUCGAACGCAUUGACUCCUGCGAGGAGCCCAAGUCCGCUGCGGGAAGACGGCAGUGACGAUGACUCUGGCCCGUCCUCCGCAGGACCCGCGGUCCCCGCGCGCACACCACCCGACCUGGGCGAGUAA